AUGUUUGUGAUGGGUUUAUUUGAAAAACCAUUGGCUGAUUAUAGUCUUACAGACCAUCUCGGAAGCCAGAAUGGUGAAAGCGCUGAUAAUCCAAUUCUUCCUCUUCCUAAAAAGGCUCCGAAAAUACUUGUUUCUGGAAUUCAUGCUGAUAAUCUAGGCUAUCAAUGUGGUGGAUGCAUGAUUAACUGGCAAGGACUUAGCGGCAAUAACAUUACUAGUGUCGGAGAGACACCAUAUGCGGAAACAAAUGGAGACAGCUUAAACUUAACGAUAUCAGGUAAUGGAGUAGAAACAAUAAAUAAUGUAUGCAGCGGAGUGAAAUGUGUGGUUGUAUUAAUAACUAGUAGACCGGUGGUUAUAUUACCAUAUAUUGACAUAAUUGAAGGACUUGUUGCAGCUUGGCUUCCUGGUAGUGAAGGUUAUGGUGUUACAGAUGUUUUGUUUGGUGAUUAUGGAUUUAGUGGUAAACUUCCAAGGACAUGGUUUAAGAGUGUUGAUCAGUUACCUAUGAAUGUUGGUGAUUCUCAUUAUGAUCCUUUGUUUCCAUUUGGAUUUGGUCUUUCUACUCAAGGUCUUAAGUUUGCUUAG